GCAUCUUUGGCUCUGCUCAUCAUGCUGUCCCCUGUGCGCUCUAUCAAGGCAUCGACGUCUGCUUCACGCUCCUUCGCCAACUUCUACCCAACUGUCCAGGGUUUCACGCCAAAGAAAUGGGGCCUCGGCGGCCAUCCUGCACCCAAGUCGCUUAUCGUAGACGAGAGCGACGAACCCAAGAACCAACCAUCCACCAGCGAGACUGCUGCGAGCAAGCCCUUAAAACCGUCUAAGCCACCUCCUCGCGUGACACGCCUCGAUAGCGGCCAUGACGCGCAGCUCCUUCGCGAGUUCACGCGGCACCGCAAAGCAAUAAAGGCGAAGCUGCCCGAGGGUUGGCAGCCCCCGCGAAAGCUCUCGCGCGAGGCUAUGGAGGCCCUCCGCUACUCGCAUCGUGUCGACCCGAACGUGGCCACCACUUCGGCGCUCGCAGAUAACUUCCGCAUCUCUCCCGAGGCCGUCCGCCGCAUCCUUCGCAGCAAGUGGGAACCGAGCGCAGAGAAGCGUGCAAAGGUUCUGCAGCAGCAGCACGCACGUAAGGAGGCAUGGUACAGGCAGAUGAGAGAGGAGGAGCGGAAGAAGCAGGAGGAAUGGGAGGAGGUGCACAGAAAGAAGCAGGAAGCGACCUACACGCGGAAGAAUGAUAGAUUGACAUUGACAUGAUGGAGUUAGGGAUGAAUUGUGUGCGAAUGAGAGGUCUGGAAGAUACGAAGCAUGGUGUGGACGUUCACCGAUCUGAUGAAAAGCAUCCAGUCGCGAUGAACUCACCUGCAAUUUGGUAGCUGCUAUUCCUGACGUCGAUUUUAUAGGAGGAACUUGAAUAGGAUUAGGAAAGGCAUCAAGCUCAAGCAGGGAGCGAUCUUACGUCUGUCUCUCCUGGCAUCCAGUACGUGCUGCAGUCUACCAUGCUAUCUGAAGUAUGCUAUGUUCAGCCCAAAGCAUCGCCGCUAACGGAAGCACUAUCUUACCCUUAAUGCUAUGCCAUCACAUUCUUUCAAUAUAAGUUCGUAAUUUGAGCAAGUGCA